UCGCUGUCUGAUUGGUAGCGGCGAUGCAUGCUGGCAGUGUGAUUGGUGCGAGCCUUUGACGGACAGUUGGAGGGGUCGAGUCCCAGCCCCGGGGCUGGCUGCUGCGGUUUAAAGUCUAGCGAGCGGCGCUCAGAUGCCGCUAGAGCUCGGCUGUUUGUACACAGAGCGAGCAGCAACAGCAGCCAUGGCUACAGGACGGUGCCUCUGGCUCUUCCUCUGGAAUAUCCUGUGUACAUCACACUGCAUCUACUUUCCGCCAAAUGAAGUUAAUCUCCUAGAUACAGCAUCGAUACAAGGAGAUUGGGGGUGGCUGACUUAUCCUCACAAUGGGUGGGAUGCUAUCAGUGAAAUGGAUGAGUACUUCACUCCAAUCCACACCUAUCAAGUCUGCAAUGUCAUGUCUCCAAAUCAGAACAACUGGUUAAGGACUAAUUGGCUCCAGCGGAAUGGGGCACGUCGAAUAUACAUUGAAAUAAAGUUCACUUUGCGAGACUGCAACAGUAUGCCAGGGGUUGUGGGGACCUGCAAGGAGACCUUCAACCUGUAUUACUUUGAAUCAGACAGGGACAUUGGCAGCAAUAUCUGGGAGAACCAGUUUGUGAAGAUUGACACAGUGGCCGCUGAUGAAAGCUUCACCAAUGUCGACUUGGGAGUCCGAAGACUGAAAUUAAACACUGAAGUUCGUGGAGUGGGUCCGCUCAACAAGAAAGGUGUCUACCUGGCUUUCCAGGAUAUAGGAGCUUGCAUUGCGAUUGUGUCAGUGAGGGUUUACUACAAGAAAUGCCCGGCCAUGAUACAGAAUCUGGCUGUCUUUCCCGAUGCAGUGACUGGUGCUGACUCGUCCUCUCUGGUAGAGGUACAAGGUCAGUGUGUGGACCACAGCGAGGAGAGAGAUACACCGAAGAUGUAUUGCAGUGCAGAGGGGGAAUGGCUUGUUCCCAUUGGGAAAUGUGUCUGUAGUGCUGGCUAUGAGGAGCAGAGAGAUAGCUGCCGAGCCUGUGAGCCUGGGUUUUUCAAGUCAAGCUCUGGAGACCAGCUCUGUGCGAAAUGUCCUCUUCACAGUCACUCUGAUGUGAUGGCUGCUCUCUUCUGCCAGUGCGAUACCAACUAUUACCGGUCUGCUUCUGACCCUCUGCCUGCACCUUGUACCAGACCUCCCUCUGCCCCAGUAAAUGCCAUGUCCACUGUGAAUGGAACCACAGUGACCUUGGAGUGGAGCCCACCCUCCAGUAAUGGAGGAAGGAGCGAUGUCCGGUACAACAUUAUCUGCAGGAAGUGUGCGUGGGAGGCAAGCCAGUGUGAAGCGUGUGGCAACCGAAUCCGAUUCAGCCCAAAGCAGAUGGGGCUGACACAGCCCGCUUUAAGUGUGAUUAACCUGUUAGCGCACACCAACUAUACCCUGACAAUCGAGGCAGUCAAUGGAGUCUCUGACCUCAGCCUGGAGUCCCGGCAGUUUGUUUCACUGAAUGUUACCACAAACCAGGCAGCUCCAUCCCAGAUCUUGGUGGUCAAACAGGAAAACACCAGCCAGAACAGUGUGACAUUAAUGUGGCAGGAGCCAGACCAGCCAAAUGGCAUCAUACUGGAAUAUGAAAUCAAAUACUUUGAGAAGGGUAAGGAACAGCAGAGUUACUCCACACUGAAAGCCAGGGGAACAAGUGUGACAGUCUCCAACCUGAAACCUGGAACUCGUUAUGUAUUUCAGGUCCGAGCUCGUACAUCAGCUGGGUGUGGCCGAUUCAGCCAGACCGUCGAGAUUGAAACUGCGAAAUCAGUUUCACUCCGAUAUGAUACGACUACAAUCAUCUGGAUAUGUUUUGCUUUAGUGACUGGGCUUAUCGUCCUCCUGGCAAUGUUUAUCUGCAGGAAAAGAAGGUGUGGGUACAGUAAAGCAUUUCAAGAUCCUGAUGAAGAAAAGAUGUAUUAUCAGAAUGGGCACCUCAGGUUCCCUGACCCGAAGAUUUAUGUUGACCCUCACACCUACGAAGACCCGGGCCAAGCGGUCCGUGAAUUUGCCAGAGAAAUAGAAGCAUCACGAAUAAAAAUUGAAAAGGUUAUUGGCUCAGGUGAAUUCGGGGAGGUGUGUUAUGGUCGCCUGAAGCUGCCAGCAAAGCGAGAGAUCCCUGUGGCUUUAAAGACACUCAAAUCAGGAUACACUGAGAAACAGAGACGGGACUUUCUGAGCGAGGCCAGCAUCAUGGGACAGUUUGACCACCCAAACAUCAUUCGGUUAGAAGGAGUCGUUACCAGAAGUAAACCAGUGAUGAUAGUUACUGACUAUAUGGAGAAUGGAUCGCUGGAUUCAUUUCUGAGGAGACACGAUGGUCAGUUCACCGUCAUCCAACUUGUUGGAAUGCUUCGUGGGAUAGCGGCUGGAAUGAAGUAUUUGUCAGACUUGGGAUACAUACACAGGGACCUUGCAGCACGAAAUAUCCUGGUCAACAGUAACUUGGUGUGUAAAGUGUCAGACUUUGGUCUCUCUCGAAUUUUAGAAGAUGAUCCAGAUGCAGCUUACACCACUACGGGAGGAAAGAUCCCAAUCCGCUGGACGGCUCCUGAGGCCAUUGCUUACCGCAAGUUCUCCUCGGCCAGUGACGUCUGGAGUUACGGAGUUGUGAUGUGGGAGGUGACAUCGUAUGGAGAAAGACCAUAUUGGAAUAUGACAAACCGAGAUGUAAUUAAAUCCGUGGAAGAAGGUUACCGACUUCCAGCUCCCAUGGGCUGUCCUGCAGCCCUCCAUCAGUUAAUGCUGGACUGUUGGCAGAAAGAUCGCAGUGAGAGGCCCAAAUUUUUCCAGAUCGUCAGUGUAUUGGACAAGCUCAUUAGGAACCCCAUUGCCCUCAAGAUUCUUGAUACCACAAGCAGACUGAACAGUCCUCUGCUAAACAGAAACAUUCCCAACUACACAUCCUUUGCCUCUGUGGAUGAAUGGCUGGAUGUCAUUAAAAUGGGACGCUAUAAAGACAACUUUGCAGCUGCAGGUUAUUUAUCACUGGGCCUGGUAAUGAGAAUGAACCUGGAGGACGUCCGAAGACUUGGAAUAACGUUGAUGGGACAUCAGAAGAAAAUCCUUAGCAGCAUUCAGAUCAUGAGGGAACAGCUAAUAUGCUCAAAUGGCCCAGGUAUCCAUGUAUAGCCAGUCAGAAUUUACGGUAGAUCGUACAAUAGCUUAAGGCUAAUGUGCAAUAAGGACACUAUGGAAAUCAAAUUGGCUGAACAUCAGUCUUUUAUAAUUUGCCUUUAAUAUAAACAAGAAAAGAUUUACAAAUGCAAGAGAUGGGUGCUGCUUCUCUCCUGACACAACUCCUUGGACAAUCUUAUGAUCAUUGGUCACCAUUUUAUAAUGGACAAUCUUCAGGCAGACAUCUUUCUCUGGAAGAAUGAACUGCAUUCAAUGUGCUAGUAACCGUGUUUGACCUUCAUUCCCUCUGAACUGACAGUGACCUCACUGCAAGCACCAAGAGGCAGGAAUGAGGAUCUCGUCAAAGUGGUAUAAGUACCUCAUUCCACCAGAGUGCACUGACUCCAGUAAAGGAUUUAGAAGACAUGAUCCUCUGUAAGAAAGAUGCUUCAGAAGAACAGGGAAGUGGAGGAGUUAGUAUGACCAGGAGCUUCAGGACCAGUCCUAUGCAGCUGCAAAACCCAAUCAUUGUCAUAACAUCUUGAGAGCAGUCUUCAACUUUAAUAUACAUGUUUACCAGGAAGGAUUUAAAUCAGAAUUUUUAUGGCAUUGAGAGUUCUGUGGACAUGUCAAAAUGUACAAAAUUUUUGAAAGAAAUUAUUUAACCAUUUAUUCUUAGUUGAAUUGAAAUUUGGAGAGCGCAGACACUUUACAGAUUGCUCUUUUGUCUGAAGUUGAGAUUUUAGAGAUUGCACUUCUGACAUGGGAAUUAUUUGACAGACUCAGUAUACUGAAACCAGGACUGAGAGGCAAUAUAUCACAUUGUGCAUUUAUCAGUAAAUCAGAUUCAAUUUUAACUACCUAGAAAAUGUACCCCCUAACCCGUUUACUAUUUUGGUUGCACAAAUAAUGAAAUCUUCCAAUUUCUGAAGUUGGAAGCUAUGAAGAUGGUACCAGUCAGCCAAGUUUAAGUGGAGUUAAUGGCACAAUCAGAUCAGCAAUGAUCUUAUUGAGCUGAAUGGAACAGGCUCAAGGGGCCGAAUGGCCAACUCUUGCUCCUACUUCUUAUGAUUUUAAUGAUGAAGGUGGUCAUUCACUGGACAAGUUUUAGGAUUUCAACACCUGCAAAUGUCCCAGUAAUUCUUCCACAUAGUCUCUGGGACUUGCUGUGAACUAUGUCUGACACCUAUGGGGUUAGUUUAGCUCAGGCGGAUGCAAACACUGUGGGUUCAAUUCCGGCACCAGCUGAGGUUAUCAUGAAAGAUUCUCCUUCUCAGCCUGUCCCCUUGCCUGAGGCAUGGUGUCCCUCAGAUUACAUCGCCAUCAUUCGUAUCUCUCUCUGAUAAGAGGGCAACCAAUGAUCCAGUAAGACUUUGGUGAUUUACUUCACCUUUACAACAAAGUACUAUUCAGUAACUUUCAAAUGCUGGUGCAACAGCUUAACUGAGCUAUGCAGAAACCAGCAGUGCUUGUGAGUUCUGAGUCUGUCACACUGAUAGAGCAAUUACUGUCAUGAUAACAAGAUUAACUCCAGCCACAUGUGCAAGACAACAACUUAAGAUCAACGUAUGCAAUAAGACUAAUGACAAUGGUAGUGUUGAUGUUGCAUCAACAAAUGUCCCAUGCACGUUCAGCAACCAUAUGUCCAACACAAAUCUGAGCCUAUUAUCAUUCCCUUCAGUCUGACUCCUUGUUUCCAAUAUUGAUGCAGUACUGGACAUUGGAGUUGCGAGUCUAUAGGAACAUUAUAGCUUUAGGAUCCUCAGCCAAACCCAUCAUAGGCAGUAUCUGAGUACUAAAGAGGACAGUUAUUUAGUACUACGACUCCAUGUUUGAAUCAGAUGUGCAUUACCUAGAAAUUAUUCUUGCAGAUUAAUUUAAUUAGUUUAGGCUCCAAGGUGGUAAACAGUAAAGAUUAUAUUUAUGAGUAAUGUGUUCCUUCUUCCUAAAAUGGGAACUGGAGUUUGAAAGGAGGUCAUGAGCCUUUAAAUCAAUUGCAUGAUUUACCUCACAUGGAGUCAGUUGUGGAGUGUGAGCCUCUCCGAGGUUCUGGACCUGUGUUUUCAGACUGUUCGUGGUUUGGAUUGCAGCACUUGUGUCAAACUCUUUAUAAGUACCACCUUAGAACAGUUUAAAUGAAUAUUUUAGUAUUUAUUAUUAUAUGGUAGCAUUAGUAAAAUGUAAAAACAAUAGAUACUUUUUUAUACUCCAGACAGGGAGAGAGGGGCAUUGUCACAUUUCUUGUCCUGCAUCUCUCCAGACUGUAUAACUGAUAAGGUUAUUAUGUUAGAAUUCUGCGGUAUUUACCAGUUGAUCUUCUACAAUGCAUCAGGUAAAGCUGUGAAGGCAAUACAUUUGUAAUGUAGGGAUUUGAAGUACAUUGCUAGAAACUAACACAUACAUUGUAUAAACAGGAAGCAGCUUGGUAGUAAUAUUCAGAUAAAAGAAUGGAUUAACAUCUUGACCUAAUACUAAAUGGCAACAUUCAGGGUGUCAUUAGACCAGAAACUAUCCCAUGAUUUAUGUUUUCAUGUCUCACUGUUCUUUUUCAUUGACUUCAUCAUCAUUUUAUCUCAUGCCAAGUGAGUAAGUUGAAAAUGAAUUAAACAAACAUAUAGACAUCACCUUUCUAAGUAUAGUAUUUUCAUACACGACCUUAUAAAAUAUGUGACUGACUUGAGACAAGAGCAAUGAUU